UUCAUUCCGCGCAACCCUAUCGUUCCGACCGCACACGUCAGGUCUGAGAAUUUGUUGUUGUUCGCGUGUGUUUUCCUACGUGUGAAUGUUUUUAUUUAGUGAAUACAGUUAUAAAUAAACAAAGCGGAUUUUGUUGAAGUCGUAACAUCAAUGCUUUAACUGUCGAUUAACAAACCGUAAAAAUCUCUCUUUGGUCGCAAUGUCUUUUGAACUUUUCCGUGAGGACUUUCGAGGUUGGAUUUUGAAAGGGCAAAGAUGAAUGUGAAUCUCCUCUUCGUCCUUCUGGGUCUCCUGCGUUCUUCUAGCGGCCGAAUCUGCCAUAGUAUCAACAUCCGCAACGAUGUGUCCAACCUGGAGAAGCUGGCCAAUUGCACCGUGGUGGAAGGAUAUGUACAGAUAGUGCUGAUUGAAAGAGCCACCGAGCAGGACUUUGAGCCCUGGAGUCUUCCUGAGUUGAGAGAGAUCACCCAGUACCUCCUGUUCUACAGAGUCAAGGGUCUGAGGAACCUGGGGAAGCUGUUCCCCAACCUGGUGAGGAUCGGCGGCUCCAGUCUCUUCAUCGACUACGGCCUCGUCAUCCACGAGAUGUUCAGCCUCCAGGAGGUCGGUCUGGCGAGUCUGCAGGAAAUAUCCAGAGGCUCCGUUAUAAUCACGAAGAAUCCUAGUCUUUGUUACGUGAACACCAUCAACUGGGAGCUGAUAGCCAAGUGGGACCCUAUCAAGAACUAUGUGGCCAAGAACAAAGACCCCAGUGAUUGUCCAGGCUGCCAGGCUGAAUGUCCCCACGGGCUGUGCUGGAGCCGAACCGAGUGCCAGAUCCAGCCAGAGUCACCCCACUGUUAUCACCUGUGUGUGGGUGGAUGUUCUGCUCCUGGACCUAGAGGCUGUCACUCCUGUAGAAGGGUUCUCACUCAUGAUGGGGAAUGUGUAGAGAACUGUCCUCAUGGAACGUAUCAGUACCUAAACCGGAGAUGCAUCAAGGCAGUGGAAUGCACUUCUAUAGACUUGCCCAAAGGACCACCAGGGACUGACACACUGAGAAAGUCUUCUUCCCAAGUCACCAAGUAUUUUGUGUUCAACGGCACCUGCACAGACAACUGUCCACCUGGCUAUGAGUUUGAUGCUGCUGGCACUACCUGUGUGCCGUGCAAGGGGGGCAAGUGCCACAAGUGGUGCCACGGAUUGUCCAUCGAGAACAUCGGAGACGCCGAGAUGCUACGAGGCUGCACUCACAUCCAGGGAUCUCUGGAGAUCAGCAUCAGAACUGGCAAACCCAAGAGAGUGUUUGAAGAGUUAGAAGAGAACCUGGGAUCCAUCGAAGAGAUAGAAAACUACUUAAAAGUUGUAAGAUCUUUCCCAAUCAUUAAUCUUAAAUUCUUGAAAAACCUUACUGUGAUUCAUGGUAGAUCCAGCGAUGCCGGUUUUGGUGACAACUAUUCACUUUUGGUACUCGAAAAUCAUAACCUCCAAGAACUUUGGGAUUGGGACACUAAACAUACUUUUAACAUUUCCAAAGGAAAAGUAUUUUUCCACUAUAACCCCAAACUAUGUUUGCAGCAUAUACAUAAGCUGCUUUCAGUUAUACAUCAUGACGAAAACGUCACUAAUUUAGAGGUAGGGAAAGAUUCAAAUGGUGAUAAAUUUCCAUGUAAUGCUACUGAAAUUAAUAUCAAGGUUGUUGAUCGGUCGCAUAGUUCAAUACAGAUACGGGUUCCCUAUCUUCAAAUCAAUUAUGAUACAACUAUUUUGCGCUAUGUAGUGUACUACACCAAAGCGCCAUUCAAAAAUAUGACAAUGUUCGAUGAUCUAGACCAAUGUUCUGAUUACGGUUGGAAAACUAAAGAUAUUGCUGUGGAUCCGUAUGACAAGAGUUUUGAAGAAAACGGAUUCAUUGUUGAACUGAACGACCUUGAGCCGUACACUCAAUAUGCAUUCUAUGUCACAACAUAUACAAUUGAUCGUUUCGGGGCCAAAAGUUCUAUUUCUUAUGAAACAACUCUUCCAUCAACACCUUCAGAAAUCGCUCGACUAGAAGCAUUCUCCAACAAAAGCUCUGAAAUCUUCUUGCAAUGGGAGCCUCCAAAAUAUAUCAAUGGUAAGUUUGAGAAAUAUGUAAUAACAUUAUCGCCCAUGAACUACGAUGAAACACCGAUUCGACUCCGUAAUUAUUGUGAUAACCCAUUGGAUCACAGGAAUGAGGUAGAAUCAUACAAACCACGUUUACUUGAAGCUGAAAACAGGCAAAACAAUAGCUGUUGUUCUACAAAAACUAAAAAACUGAUUUACACACCCAAAGAAGGCCUUGAAAAACAUUGCUCAAACCAUGAUUACUGCAAAUUACCAAUGACAUAUUUUGAUAAAGACCCAUUAGCAUUUCAAGAAUAUUUUGAAUCUUGUUUUUAUUCUUACAUAUAUGAGGAUCCUUUUGUAUAUGUUUCUAGUGAAACGAAUAUAACCUCUCUGAAGAGACAAGAAAGAAACCUUUCUGCUGAUAACAAAUUAUCUCUUAAUUACGGUACCUACAAUGUGUAUACAGCUGAUGUCAAGGCAACUUCCUCUAACUUUACAAUAACCAAUCUUUUACAUUUUCAAGAUUAUCUCAUUAAGAUAAAAGCUUGCAGGUAUUCACAAUAUCCCAACGAGCCAGAUAGUCUACGAUGUAGCAAGACUGAUGUAGUUACUGUAAGAACUAAAAAGGAUGAAGAAGCAGACAGGAUUACAGGUCAUUUGACUCAUGAAGUUGUAAAUGGAACUGUAUUUGUAUCUUGGAUAGCCCCUCCUCAUCCAAACGGGCUGAUUGUAGCUUUUGAAGUUGAACAUGGACAUACAGUUAUGGAUAACAUGAAUCCAAUUGUAUCAUGUAUCACCCUUUCUGAGUAUGAGAAUAACAGGAGACGAUAUUCUAUCGUAGGUUUAGCUGAAGGCACUUACAAAGUUAGGGUUCGAGCAAUUUCUUUAGCUGGCAAAGGACCCUAUUCAAAAUAUAUACGUGUAGAGAUUUCAAGCAGACUUUUUUCAGCUAUAAAAAUGGUCAUUGGAUUUUUUGUUCUCUGUAUCAUAAUGAUUCUAGUAUCCAUCGCUCUUAUGUCAUAUAUGAGGAAGAAAACGAUGCUUGAUGACAUACUGGUAGCUUCGGUUAACCCGGAUUACCAAUACAUUCAAGACGAGUGGGAAGUAUCGAGAGACGAUAUAGAAAUUGUGGACGAGUUAGGAGUCGGAGCAUUUGGUAAGGUUUACAAAGGUAUACUCAUACCCAGUAAUUUAUCUUGCGCGGUAAAAACUGUAAAUGAUGACGCUUCAUCAUAUGAAACAUUCCUUUUUCUAAGCGAAGCUUCUGUAAUGAAAUCAGUAUCCAAAGCAUAUCAUAUCGUCCAUUUAUUGGGAGUCGUCUCAAUUGGUCAUCCACCCCUAGUUAUAAUGGAACUGAUGAGUUUGGGUGAUCUGAAAACGUAUCUGAGAUCAACACGAGAUACCAAUCCUCCCACUAACGCUGUAAUGAUUAACAUGGCGCUUCAAAUAGCCGAUGGAAUGGCUUAUAUGGAGGCUAAGAAGUUCGUCCACCGAGAUUUAGCAGCCAGAAACUGUAUGGUAAACCAAGAUUGUGUAGUCAAAGUGGGAGAUUUUGGAAUGACGAGAGAUAUUUACGAAACCGACUACUACAGAAAGAUCAAUAUGGGUCUGCUUCCGAUACGUUGGAUGCCUCCUGAGAGUCUGCAAGAUGGGAUAUUCACCAGCCAAUCAGAUGUAUGGAGCUACGGCGUAGUUCUGUGGGAGAUAGUUACACUGGCUGAGCAACCUUACCAAGGGUCUAGCAAUGAUCAAGUACUGAAUGAAGUGAUUGCAGGUCGUAAGCUGGAAACACCGAGAAGAUGUCCAGAGACUUUGAGAAACAUCAUGUUGUGUUGUUGGAAAAGAAAACCAUCUCAGCGAAUGACCUUCAUGCAGAUCGUUACUUCUUUGGAGUACUACCACGAUCAGGAAUUUAAGAACGUCUCCUUCUACCACACCCAAGAGGCUCAAGAUCUGAGGAAGAGUUCGACAGAUUACGAAGAGAUGCAAUCUGUUGAAGAUCCGUUGCUGGGAAUUAGAGAAGAUUACUAUAGUAAUAUCCAGAGUUUUGCAAUGCUUCUUACCAAAGUUAAGUCCUACAGUCGAGAUGACGAGGAGUCAGGACCGUCCAGCGACGUCUAAAUAGAUGUUUUUGUAAUCACAAUGUUUCUUAAAAUAUUAAGACUGAUAGUGUACUGCCACUUAUAUAGACUGAGUGUUGAAUGUUUAACAACUUUACUUUUGUUUCAAUUCAAAACUAGUUUUUCAAGUAUAGUUAGACAUAUUGCUAGUUGUGUAUGCCAAACAGACUUAUUAUGUACUUAUUAGGAACUAAGGAUAGAUGGAAAUGUUCUGAACUGUUGAUACCAUAGGGGCCAUUUUUACAACACAUCAAAGUCAAAUCUGUUAUGUGGAAAAUUACUUUUGAUUUAUCAAUCUAUUACUUUUUACCUCAAAGGCUAUCUGCCUUUCAGUUUUUAUAGACAUAAGUAUUGUAAGAUAAUAAUUAAUUGUUGUCGUUUGAAUAUUGUGUGCCUUACAUGUAUUUGUGCUUAAGUGUUAGUGUAUUUAUAUGUAAACGAUUUUAUUAUUGACUUAACUUUUGCAAAGUAUCACAAUUUUAUUUAGUGAACGUAGUUUCUUUGAGUAUUAUUUAAGGAUUAUUAUGAUAGUUGUUCCUAAAAGUUUACUGUUUUCUGUGGUUUAUUAUCAGAACAAUCCAGAUUUUAAGUUUGAUGGUCUGAAAUUCUUUUCGGCUACAUUUAUUUGAUGAUUCUAUUAUUAAGAACUAGGUUUUUCUUAUUUUGUUUGUUUGUUAUGUUUUACAACAAAUGGUUACUUAGUAUUUUUGAUUUUUGCUGGUAAAUUUCAAUAAUCAAGAACUGUUAACAAAACAUCAGCUUAUUUUACUCUUGAUUUUUAUGAUUUUAAUUUUUUUCAUAUUCCGCUAUUUAUGUGAUAUGUUUUUUACAUAGAACACUGUUUUUAAGGCUAUUGACCUUCUUUAAUAAUUCAUGUAGUAAGUUGAUGAUCAUGAUUUGUUUUACACUUGGUAUUUUAAGCUCGGUUUGUAUACUAAUUGCGAGCUAAUGGUGCUGUUCGCAUUUCACUGUAUGUUACCUACUAAUGUAGUCAUGCAUUCCUAUUAAGGUGUUAUAUUUGUGCCAAAGGCGUUAAGU